AGAUUCACGGCAGCAGGGUUGAAUGAAGACCUUGCCAAGUGACACGAAUGAUAAGACAUAACUGUGUCUGACUUCAUCAACAUGCAGUGAGAUAUCUGUUGGUUACACGAGCAUCCUCAUUCCUCUCUAUCCCCCAACAUGUUCAUACUGGUCACUGAAAAAGAGAGAGCGCCCAUCCAUACUCCAAUAUAUCACAAGUUAGGCACCUAUGACAGCAAGAAAGUAACUGUCUGGCAUCACGCUUGGCCACACCCAGGAUGCCUAUAAAAGCCAAGUUAUGUGAAACUGAGCAAAAGGUCGGCCAGAGCAAGACUGGACCUUCAAGAUGGCUGAACCUCAGCGCACAAACAACAACGGAGCUGCUAAUGGUAAUGCAGACUCUGAAUAUGCAUCAGAGAAACUGCCACCAAAGAGGCUACAGAGAUUUGAUUCACUGCAUAUUGAGGCUGGAAAGAUUCCUGGUGGACCAACACAUGCAGCCAAGGUUGGCUGGGCAACCACACUACAUUUGGCAUUCCAAAGCAUAGGUGUGGUUUAUGGCGACAUGGGGACUUCUCCUCUCUAUGUUUUCUCCAGCACCUUUACAGAUGGGAUCAACAACACAGAUGACCUCCUUGGAGUCAUGUCUCUAAUUAUCUACACUGUUAUUCUCCUUCCGUUGAUAAAGUAUUGUUUCAUUGUACUGCGAGCUAAUGACAAUGGAGACGGAGGAACAUUUGCACUUUAUUCAUUGAUAUCACGGUAUGCUAGGAUUAGCUUGAUACCUAAUCAGCAGGCUGAAGAUGCAAUGGUCUCUCGCUACAAGUUAGAGUCCCCAACAAAUCGUAUCAAGAGGGCUCACUGGAUCAAGAACAAGAUGGAAAACAGUCCAAAAUUUAAGAUCACACUUUUCCUAGUGACAGUCCUGGGAACAUCCAUGGUGAUUGGUGAUGGUGUUCUAACCCCAUGUAUCUCAGUGCUUAGCGCGGUUGGAGGGAUCCAGCAAAAAGCAACAACCCUGACUCAAGGACAGAUUGCUGGCAUCUCAAUAGCCAUUUUGAUUGUCCUCUUUCUUGUUCAGCGCUUCGGCACAGAUAAAGUUGGUUACACAUUUGCUCCUAUAAUCCUGACAUGGUUCAUCUUGAUUGCUGGCAUUGGAGUUUACAAUUUGAUCAAACAUGAUACUAGCGUUCUCAAAGCAUUCAAUCCAAAAUAUAUUGUGGAUUAUUUCAAAAGAAAUGGAAAACAGGGUUGGAUUUCUCUUGGAGGGGUUAUUUUAUGCAUUACAGGAACUGAGGCAAUGUUUGCUGACCUUGGUCACUUCAAUAUGAGAGCCAUUCAGAUUGGCUUCUCAGUAGUACUGUUCCCUUCAGUACUGCUAGCAUACAUUGGACAAGCUGCAUAUCUCCGUAUCUACCCAGAAAAUGUUGCAAAUACAUUCUACAAAUCAAUUCCAGGUCCAUUAUAUUGGCCAACCUUUGUGGUGGCAGUAGCCGCUGCUAUAAUUGCAAGCCAAGCUAUGAUAUCUGGUGCAUUUGCAAUUAUUGCACAGUCGCAAGUUCUAGGUUGCUUUCCACGGGUUCGUGUGACUCACACAUCAACAAAGUUUGAAGGACAAGUCUACAUCCCGGAGAUCAACUAUGCAUUGAUGAUUUUAUGUGUAGCUGUUACAGCUAUUUUCCAAACAACAGAAAAGAUUGGAAAUGCAUAUGGUAUUGCUGUUGUUUUUGUGAUGUUUAUAACAACACUUCUGGUCACCUUAGUAAUGACUAUGAUAUGGAAGACAAGUCUGCUAUGGAUUGCACUCUUUCCAAUAAUAUUUGGUGGAGCAGAGCUCAUAUACUUAUCUUCGGCAUUCUAUAAGUUUACUCAAGGUGGCUACUUGCCACUAGUUUUUGCAGCAAUUUUGAUGUUUAUAAUGGCCACAUGGCAUUAUGUCCAUGUUCAUCGAUACAACUAUGAGCUCCAGAACAAAGUAUCAAGUAACUAUGUAGCAGAAUUGGCCUCUAGGCGGAACCUGGCCAGGUUGCCAGGAAUAGGCUUUUUGUACUCCGAGCUUGUGCAAGGCAUCCCACCCAUACUUCCUCACUUGGUAGAAAACGUACCUUCCAUCCAUUCAGUACUUGUGAUUAUAUCAAUAAAGUACUUACCGAUCAGCAAAAUAGAAACAAAUGAGCGGUUCCUCUUCAGAUAUGUGGAGCCAAAAGAGUACAGGGUAUUCCGAUGUGUGGUGCGCUAUGGAUACAAUGAUAAAGUAGAAGAUCCAAGAGAAUUUGAGGGCUUGCUUAUUGAACAUAUGAAAGAAUUUAUCCAUCAAGAAUCAUUUUACAGCCAAGGUAGAGAUCAUUCAGCAGAAGAAGUAGAAGAUGCAAUUGAGCCUUCUGACAGUGUUCGAGGGGCAACAUUGUCCAAAAGUUUUUCAGAUAGAAGCAUUGUUGUUCCACCAAAUGGGUGCAUGGAUGUGAUCCAAAUAAUACAGAGAGAAAUGGAGGCUGGCGUUGUCCAUAUGCUAGGAGAAACUAAUGUGGUGGCAGGACCAAAUGCGGAUUUAUUGAAGAAGAUAAUAGUUGACUACGCCUACAGUUUCAUGAGGAAGAACUUCAGGCAACCAGAGAAGAUAACAUGUGUCCCUCAUAACAGACUGUUACGGGUGGGAAUGACAUAUGAGAUCUAGGACAAUGUUGGACUUGGUACAGGACCACAAUGAGAACACCCAGGCAGUUAGCUACUUGACAACAGAGUAGGCCUUUUCAUUAUCAAGCCAGGAAAGGCAAACACAAGGAUUGGGGUAGGUGCGGUAAAAUAAACAGCCUAUCAGAGUGAAUUGAAAAGUACGGGAUUGAAGGUUCUAUGUUUAGAUAUGGGGAAACUAAGGGAAAACAAGCAUUUAUUGAGCUCCUGGUGCUAUCUAUCAACUAUCUGUUUUUGAAAACCUGAAACUCAUACCGUUCAGCAUGUUUAGCUAAAUAUUGUAGCAUAUUGGCACAAGGUAAAAUGAAGGGUAAUUUUUCUCCUUCUAAUUUCAAAUCAUUUGUAACAAACUAUGUAUGAAGCACUGUCCUACAGAUUGUAAGUGGUGUUAUAUUGUUA